AUGGAUCUAUCCCAAAUUGAACUCGCCUUUAUACUUGCUUUCAAUAACAAACUGGCAUGCUUACUGGCGAUCUUGGUCUUUUAUCUUCUCAUUACAGCAAUCUACUACGCCUAUAUACACCCACUUGCCAAGGUCCCAGGCCCCAAACUAUACGCUGUUACUCAAAUUCCCUACUUCUACCAUAUUACCCAAGGGAGCUGGCUGGACAAGCUUAACAAGCUACAUGAUCAAUACGGUCCUGUCGUGAGAUUCGCCCCUAAUGAUAUAUCCUUCAUUACUGCCAAUGCGGUUAAGAUUAUUUACGGCUCCAAGGCAGGCGGCUUCGCACCUUUCGAUAAGGACUUGCGAAUGUAUAGGCAUGGCAACCCAGUUAAGGACAUUGUAACUGCUGGCCAUGAAGAUCAUAAGCGCAUACGUCGCCAUCUGGCUUACGCAUUUUCGAUAAAGGCUCUCCGCGAUCAUGAGAGUAUCCUGAACCAAUAUGCUGAUAAAUUCAUUUCAAAGCUGUGCCAGAGGGCAGGUACUGAUGUAGACAUGGUGGCGUGGUUCAAUUACGUUACCUUUGAUGUCAUGGGUCAUCUCUCCCUUGGUCAACCAUUCGGAUGCAUUGAUACCGGCCAUUAUCACCCUUGGAUUACGCUCAUCCUUUCAAGUCUGAAGGCAUUUUCUUUUAUAACAGUCAUUGCUCGCUUAGGAUUCGUUCAAUGGAUCCUUUGGCUGAUCCCAACACACCAGGACGAAACUUUGAAGAAUGACUUGCAAUUUGUUGACCGUGCGGCAUCAACUCGUUUAAACACCGGAGAUACCAAGAGUCCCGAUAUCAUGUCUUAUAUCCUUCGUCAUGACGAUGGGAAAGGCAUGUCAAAGGCUGAGAUCCUCGAAAAUGCAAGCCUGCUUAUUGCUGCCGGCGGCGAAACAACAGCCUCGCUCCUGAGCGGCACAACAUACUAUUUACUAACCAAUCCUGACAAGUAUAAGACGCUAGUUGAUGAGAUUCGCUCUACAUUCACAUCCGAGGACGAGAUCACUCUACCUCGUGUAAAUCAGCUUCAGUAUCUACUAGCUGUUCUCAACGAAGGCCUUCGCAUAUACCCACCAUCUGCUACCGGUCUCGCGAGAAUUACUCCACCUGGGGGCAAGAGUAUCGAAGGAUAUUGGAUCCCUGAAAAUACUUCAGUUUCUGUCCCUCAUCAGUCUGCAUACUUAUCAGCUUACAACUUCAAAGACCCGCGACAGUUCAUUCCAGAACGCUGGCUAGGCGACACGAAAUAUGCCAGUGAUAACAGGGAUGUGCUACAGCCUUUCUCUACCGGGCCUCGAGACUGCAUUGGUAAAAGUUUUGCCUAUGCUGAAAUGCGACUGUUAUUGACCCGACUGCUUUGGAGGUUUGAUCUCGAACUUUUGCCACAAAGCAAAGACUGGAUCGUGCAAAAGGUUUACUUCCUCCAUGAGAAGCCAGAAAUGCAUGUCCGGAUGACGGAGGUUGUCCGAGGGAGCCUAGAAAUAAGUUAG